CUCCACGCCCAGUGCCCACUCCCCUGCCCGUCCCUUGUUGCCAUAUGUACAGAGCAGCCAGCCCGGCAAGGAAGCCACUCUGACCGUCGGGGCUCGGGAUUUCUCGAAGCCAUAAAGAGAGGGAGAGGCCCCAAAAGGAGGAGGCUUACCAACACUCCGGUCCGUGCAAGCAGCCGCAGAGCCCGCCUCUAGUACCGCAAGGAAAGGAGGGUAAAGGAACCUGUUGCCCCCAAUGGCUUCCUCGCGCGCCGCCGCCGGGCCCUUCGCGCUCUGCAUUCUGCUGCUCGCGUCCCCGGCCGUCUCCGCCACAUUCCUGUUCGACGGCGGGAAGUCGGCGGCGAAGAGCAAGGGCAAGGGCAAGGCGGCGGUCGACGUGGAGUGGCGGCCGGCCACCGCGACGUGGUACGGCGAAGCCGAGGGCGACGGCAGCACCGGGGGGGCGUGCGGGUACGGGACGCUGGUGGACGUGGUGCCGAUGAAGGCGCGGGUGGGGUCGGUGAGCCCGGUGCUGUUCAAGGGCGGCGAGGGGUGCGGCGCCUGCUACAAGGUCCGGUGCCUCGACCACGGCAUCUGCUCGCGCCGCGCCGUCACCGUCAUCGUCACCGACGAGUGCCCCGGCGGCGGCCUCUGCGGCGGCGGCAACACGCACUUCGACCUCAGCGGCGCCGCCUUCAGCAGGAUGGCCGUCGCCGGCGCCGGGGCGCACCUGCGCGACCGUGGGCAGCUCAAGGUGAUCUACCGAAGGACGGCGUGCAAGUACGGCGGGAAGAACAUCGCGUUCCAUGUGAACGAGGGGUCGACGAGCUUCUGGCUCUCGCUGCUCGUCGAGUUCGAGGACGGCGAGGGCGACAUCGGCUCCAUGCAGCUCAAGCAGGCGAACUCGGCGAAGUGGCUGGACAUGAAGCACGUGUGGGGCGCCACGUGGUGCCUCUACGGGGGCCCCACGGCGGGCCCAUUCUCCGUGAGGCUGACGACGCUGUCCGCACCCAAGACGCUCACGGCCCGGGACGUCAUCCCCAGGAACUGGGCGCCCAAGGGCACCUACUCCUCCCGCCUCAACUUCGACGCCUCGCUCUGAUCGACCUUCAUCACAGCCGGGCCAUGUUUUAUCGGCCCGGGAUGGAGCGAAGGCAGGCCCACAUGGCGUUCUGCUGGAACUGGACGUACGUAGAUUGUGUUUUGUUGCAGGUUAAUCGGUCUGAUGAUCACCUAGUCGUAAGCUAGUGGUGUGGUGUGAGUAGUUUUGGAUCAGGAGGUGAGUGAUCUGGGUGCGGAGCAGCCGUCCUCUCCAAAAGGGAGAGAGAGCGUAUGCUGCUGGGAAUCCGAUGCGGAAGCCGAUCGAGAGGGUUUUGGACCCCUCUUGGUCGCCGCUUCACUCCUGCUGUCGUGUGCUGUUUUUAUCUUUUCUUUUUCCUGCUCUGUUUGCGUGUUUGUUUGCGCUGGUUGGUUGAAACUGAAGGGCUCGUGACAAAUGUGUUUCGUUUCUUCGAA